AUGUCUAUGAUCACAACCGGCCUCCAGGAGGUCGUGUCCAUGAUCACGGCCUUGUUCCAGGAGGUCGUGCCUAUGAUCACAGCAGGUCUCCAGAAGGUCGUGCCCGUGAUCACCGCCGGUCCCCAGGAGUUCGUUUCUAUGAUCAAGGCGGGUCUCCAGAAGGUCGUGCCUAUGAUCAGCUUCGGGCUCCAGAAGGUCGUGUAUACGAUCACGGCCGGGCUCCAGAAGGUCGUGCCCAUGAUCACGGCCGGGCUCCAGAAGGUCGUGCCCACGAUCAUGGCCGGGUUCCAGGAGGUAGUCUCUAUGAUAAUUGAAUUCACAUCCAUGGUUAGCUGCGCUUAUUUAGACAUAUCAUUAAUUAAUUGA